CUACAUAUCUAGGCCUACUUGAUACAGAUUAGACUAUGUAUUCAUAUCACACACAUUAUCUUAAAAUAAUAUUUAAGUAAAAUUAAUAUAAAUUUAGAAAAAGAUAGAACACAUAAUUAUAUUUGUGAGAGGAUCUUCCUCAUUUUUCUUCAAGAAAUCCGACGAUCCAUCUUUUCCAACCGGACUUUCAUAACUUUGCGUUAUUGCUCCUGUGAAUUACAAGUGCUUCUUGGAUUGCCUUGGGCAUCACAGACUAGUUAUUUCAUAGGUAACGACAUAGUUGAUGUACAGGAUCUCCACCCAAGACUGGGUCAUCGAUGGAACCAGAUAAAACGUCACAGGAAUCUCGAAUUAUUAUUGGUGGAUUCGAUAUUAUUCAAUAUCAAACUUCCUUCAAAUAUAAGUGAACAUUGGAGCAGAUGAUUAUUGUUACUUAAUCUAUCUGGUUCGGAAAAGGCGGUAAACAUGAUGCCAAAUUAUGCUACUGCGACAAUGGCACUUCUACUAUUAGUAGGAGGCUUUUAUAGACACGAAAGGCAAAAGAAAGAAUACCAAUCGUUAGAAAAAGAAGAAAUGAUGAAAAGAGAAUCGGAAAAAGCCACCUCUCAAAAACUGGUGUGUUAUUACAAACUAGAAGGAAAUUAUAGCUAUCGCCUUCAACCCGAAGACAUCGAUCCAAACUUGUGUACCCAUUUGAUUGCAGGAUUUGCUGACACUCGUUAUGACCUUAUAGUACCUAGAUCUGCAGAUCACAUCGAUGGCUACAAACGUUGUUUGGAUCUAAAAAAUCGUAACCAGGAUUUAAAAGUACUUUUAUCUAUCGGUGCUACUAGUGGAGGAAGAUUUUCCAAGAUGAUUAAUUAUCAAACUGGUAGAGAAAGGUUCAUUCAUUCUGUCAUAUAUUUUAUUGAAAAAUAUCCAUUCGACGGUUUGGAUUUUGACUGGGAAUUUCCAGCAUGGGAAGGUGGACCAAUCACCGAUAAAAUCAAUUUUAUCACUCUACUAAAGGACCUGCGGCAAGUAUUCGAAAAAAUGAAAAAGCCAUUUUUAUUAACCGUUGCUGUUGCUGCUAGAGAACCCAUUAUUUCAUCAUCAUACGACAUUCCUGCUUUAGCAGAAGUGGUAGAUUUUGUUAAUUUGCUCUCUUAUGAUUUCCAUUAUUACCAUCCUGGAUUAAGUUAUACACACCAUCACAAUGCAUUAUAUAGAAGACCAAGCAGCACAGGACAUCACUUUACUUUAAAUGUGGAUAUGGUAGCAAGAUAUUGGAGUUUGUCUGGAAUGCCACGAAAAAAAAUUAUGAUUGGAAUUUCUACUCAUGCCCAAACAUUUAAUCUUGCAUCUACUUAUGCACAUGGAAUAGAUGCUCCUGCAAAAGGACCUGGUUUAGGCUUUGGACGCUUACCUUAUAGUAAGGUAUGUUAUUUUUUGCAAAGUGGAGCACAUCGAAUAUUUGAUAUAUUUGCUAGAGUUCCAUAUGCUUAUAAAGGACAUCAAUGGAUGUCUUUUGAUGAUGAAGAAAGUGUUGCAGAAAAGGCUAAAUGGGUGAAGAGAAACAGUUUCGGUGGAAUAAUGACAUAUAAUUUAAAUAACGAUGACUGGCAGAUGAAAUGCGACAAUCAAACUUCAUUUCCUUUACAUAGAACUAUAGCAGAUAUAUUUAAAUAAAUUAUUAUGUAAAUUGUUAACUGAAAAUAAAAUGAAAAAUUACUAUUUAUAU